AUGAAACUGAGUGCCCGUGCAGACCGAGAAGCUUGGUGGACCCUAAAGGUCGAACGAAUUGAAGAGGCGAACAAUGCUGGAAACGUUCACAAGCUUUUCCACUCGAUUCUUUCCUCGGAAGCAUCUUGUCUGCGAAAUUAUCAGGGAUCAGAAUGGUUUCCUGUAUCCAGCAAAGGAGAACGUUGGGACAACUGGGCGCAGUACUUCGAACAGCAAUUCAUUUGGCCACUUGCUUCCUGCAAUUCGGACUGUCAACCUUCAAUAGGAAGGCAAAGACUGGAAAGUCUUCAAAACCCCAAUGUUCAAGUUGUUGCCGGUGCGAACCUUGUCGAUCUGGAGUACGCAGAUGACUUCUUCACCUUUGAAGACAAAGGCGAAGGACAAGCCCUGUUGAACAGAAUGACCGAUGUCAUACCAUCUUUCGGUAUGCGCCCUGUAUCUCCGAAGUGCGUGGUCGUGGUUCAGAACAUACAGUCACUGAAUACACCCUUUACAGUUCAAAGAGAAGCGCUGGAAACUGGAGAAUUUCACGGAACCAACCGGUCUUCGAAUUCCGAAAACGCAGCUCCAAUUGUGUUGCGUGCGGACAACGCGAUUCCAGUGUGCUGCAGUGUGUACUAUUUCGAGGUUAGCGUCAAUGUGAAAAAUCGCUCAGGGAAAAUAGAAAACGUGGAAAUACAUUUGCGAUGGUCUGUUGGGAGUAACUGGGUCCUUGAAAGUGAUGGAUUUGACCAAUUCGAAGAACAAAAGACGAAAACUAUAAAUAUUCGGUUAACCAUGGAGAAGAGUCGGGCUGGAUUGAAAGACAUUAUAAAUGAUGUGGAUACCUCAUUUAACAACACUGGUCAACCAGAUCUUUCCCGAUUUCUUAUCACGGAUGGAAUGGAGGCGAGCUCAUGUGGGUAUCACAGCAACAACGGAUCGAUAUUCCACGCAGGAAAAGAGCUCCCAACGUCCGGCCCCACUUUCGGCGAAACAGAUGUCAUUGGCUGUGGUGUGAAUUUCGUCACUAAUUCCGUAUUCUUUACCAAAAACGGUGUAUUUAUGGGACCGAUAAGCAUAGGAAGAAAGCUGCCCUAUCCCGUUUAUCCAUGCGUGGCCAUCGCUUGUUCCAAAUGUCACGUGAGUGCGAACUUCGGUCAGCAGAAAUUCUCGUUCGACAUUGGGCAGUAUAUUGCACGUGAACGCGCCGUGGUAAUCAGUGCCGCUGUGGAUCGAAAGUGUAACGACCAGUUAGCACAUGUGACUAUGCGGAAAUUGGUCGCUGCAUACCUACUGCAUAAUGGUUAUUUAGAUUCAGCUAGUGCUUUGGGUGGAUGGGUUUCGCAAACAACAAUUCCUGAGCCUCCACGAAGACCGAGCGAUUUGUUCCUAACCAACGGGGAUCGUAAAUCCACACCCGUAACAGGAAAGCCAACUGAACAAAAGCCAGCGGACGUUUCUCCGUUGUCUCCGGCGUCAUCUAUUCAAACGCCCGCCCUUGAAUCCUCCCGCUCUCUUUCAUCACCAGUUACGACCCCAUUCCAGUUUAAUUGCAGCACACCGAAUACAAAGGAAGAAGAUUUACUACAGUGGCCAGAACCAACGGAACUGUUGUUACGACGGCGUCAUUUGCGUGAUACCAUACGUCGUGGUGACUAUCUCUCCGCACUAGAACAAUUGGAAACACAUUUCAAGGCGCUUAUGGAACAGGAUCCUUCAAUCGGUUUCGUUUUACGAUGUCAUCAUUUUAUAAAUCUUAUGUGUAACCAAGCCGACUCCUCAUGUGCCUCAGGAAAGAAUCCUGACUCUGCUUCGGUUCCCACCCAACAGUCUUACUCCCCAGUCCACCGACAUAACUCUCAACCAGCCUUGAACAUCACAGAUGCUUCUUCACGCAUCGGUGCUCAGAAGCGCCCAAAGCCCUCCAGUUCGUUGGAGUCUUCACCCGAGCCAAUAGUAAAUGGAUUCAACGGCUGUGAACAGCAACCAUCCCGACAAUCGCGCCUGUUACCAACGCCGCGAGUUGUUCAAUCUCAACAUCAUCAGCAUGAGCAUAGUCCUUCGAGUUGCCAGGCCCCUAUCCGUCUGCGGCUAGACGCGCCAGCACAUUUGGAACGCCGUGCUUCACUCAAUGACACCACACCACUUCCCGUCUAUCCUCUUCACCAUCAGUGCUACCCCGACGAACCGCUUCGUAAUUGCUCUGUGACAACUCCGCCUACAACCGUUGAUCGACGGAGGCACUCUACGCAUGUUAUAAACCGAGUAGUCCCGGGUUCUCAUCGGAUUUCAGAGGGCCACAAACAUACCACAAGAGUGCUCGGAGGUGUGUGCCUUCCCGUCUGUGGGCCACCUGAGUUGGAACGUGGCCUUGACAGUAUCGGCGCUGCUGUCGGUCUGCUAGACUUGACCGGCACCGAACAACGGCUCGGCAACGGCCGUCCAAAGUGUAUCAAUAUCAUACGCCGUGGAAAAUCUCGUGACAGCUCUGUUGUGUCACCAUCAGCCGACCCACCAGCUCCCACCAAUGAAUCCGAAAAUGGGACUCGUCACCCCGUAGGCAAUUCUUACCACUGCUCUCGCGAGCCGUCAAUGAGUAAUGGGACAAACAUUCGAGUUUCCACCUUUACUAAUGGCGCUGUUUCGACACCCAGUCCGACGGAACCCUCACCUGCAUUUUCUCACUCAGCUACCCCUAACAAAUCACAGGAACUCAAUUCUGAAAUCGAGGACCAAAAGGACAAGCCAGACAGUAACAAAACCAACGGUUCUUCGAACGACAAUUCUUCCUGCCUCGUUCUUUCUUCCUGCUGGUCAACAAAAGAUGUGAUUUAUCUGGUCGAAUACGGCCGAAUGUUGCGUGCCACUGCUUUGGAGCUGCAAUGUCGUAAUGCAAUUACAGACAGUCAGCUGCAGCUACUAAGCGUGAGUCUCCUUUCCGAUGUUGUAUCAAAAUACCAGCUUUUCACAAGUAUACCUGUUGGUGUUUGGAUGCGUAGUAUAAAAGGCAAUGCUAAUACUUCACGUUCGAAAACAAAUGUUGAGCAGCUUCAAGUUGCAAAGUAUUCUAUCCACCUCAACCAACCAGCCUGUCCCGUUCUUGAUACAGCCCUUGCAUUUCUGGAAACUUCUCUAAUGGGUAGUGAUGGUGGGGCAUCUGGCCAAACCGGUGAUUCAGGCAUUGGCGUCAGUGGAAGCGAAGGGACUAGAACCAGUCUACAGCCUGUUGACCGUCUUUCAUCUCCCCGCCAUCCUCAGCGGACCCCGAUAGGAAAUAAUUCGUUUCCAGCUAGGCGCAGUUCUGAUCCUUCAGACGUUUUGAAUCAGCAACGAACCUCAACCGUUGCAUACACUGCCAACUUCCGGCGCACUUCACCAGUGCGGACAUUAGUUAUUUCACGUACAACCCGUCAGAAUCCAUCUUCGGCUGAUUCGCAGUCUCUUGGGACGGCGGAUACUGCGGAGGAUCCAUCUGUCAGGAUCACCCGAUUGACUGGUGAUACCCACAGUUCCGUUAUCUCAACUUCCAUCUAUAUACCACCUUCUGCCCUAGUUUCACUUGGAUCCCGCAGUCAACCCCAGUUGAAUAACCGUGCAUCAGCCAUCACAACAUCCCCAAGUACGACCUCUUCUGGGUUACUUCGACCUACUAGCCUAACCGGUUCCGCGAAUCCUCACUCGCGUGGACCACCCUCAUCUCUGUUCCCAUCUACCACCGCUUCGCCCCAAUCAGCAUCCCUGAUCACUACAACCAGCAACACACAUGCAACAUGGUCUAGCACUCGUACGCAGUCCAGACAUACUGCGUCUUCGGCAGCUUCCCGUUCAACAGUCGCUGUUUCUUGUGUGCUUGAGGCGCAAGCGCCCACUGGAUCGGAAUUAGCUGGAUUUUUCCAUCCACUCUUGUUUAUCGACUGAUAACAAAACUACUGCUGCCCGUCAGGAUAACCGCGUGAAAAAUAAGUGAAAUAAUUAGUGAUGCUAUUUUCACGGCUAUCACUGUUUCAUACUGUUUACCUUCCAGUUACACCUGUUUUCAUUCUCUUCCCAGUAUCUUCGUUCCAUUGACAAGCACUAUAUGGUUACUAUUGUCUGCGUCGUUGAGCCCCAUCCUGUUAAAACCACUCGGGUCUUUCGUUCCUUCAAGCGUUUGGCUGUCUCCCGAUAGAUUGACCGAAGAUCUUAACGACAUGUACAGCAGUAGAUUGAACCAUUUACAGGGAGUCCAUGCGCCAUCUUCAGACUAGUCAUCCAGUGUUGCAAAAUCGCUGAGUAGAUGAGUGGCUGGUUGCCAGUCUUUCGAUUCUAGCGGGAUUCGUCCGUGCAUUCGGACAACUUUCUAAUUCAGAUUCACACGGACCGAUCUCCUGUCGUGCUUUGGUUCUUACUCAUUCACUGUGAUCUUGCAAUUCAUUCACAACUGCCCCUUCUCUGUCAACUGGAGUUUGCUACUCACACUCACUGACGUCUAUUCUUAUAUUUUUGUGCUCUCUGUUCAACGGGUAUUGGUCUACCAGAAGUCGACCUUGUUCGUUAGAUUUUAAACAUUUCACCCCACAACGUCCUACAAAUGUUUUUAUCUUUCGCUGAUUUCUCUGCACGUGACGACGGUCUGUUGGAACGGAUUCUUUCCGUAGCUGCUCCCGUGCGACCUGUUUUUGAGUAUGGUGACGCAGAGGAAACACGUGCGAUCACAAACACAGUCAAAUACAAAUAAGUAACAAAAACAAACAAUUGAUUUCGCAGAAUAUUCUGAUUAGACUAUUUCUGAUCUAACCUCUGAUCCCGUACCGAACCCUUUGACUUGCUUUUGUUCGAAACGCUGCUUGUGUUUCGUUUUGCUGUUUUCGCGUCAGCUGCCCACCUAUUUUCGGCUGGUAUGCAACAUCGCAUGUGGCCACCGAUUUGCCUACGAGCAUUUGCGACAAUAUGUCUAUCCACACUCGCCACUCGAACGGAUAGUUGAGAGCAAUACUGCCGUAACGCAGGAAAAUUAUCCGUAGACGUGACCUUACGCGCCGAGCCGGGAUAGGGGGUGUUUCAUAUUAUGUGUUAUUGGUAUAAUGUCAACUGGAGAUA